CCCUGGUGACAGAUAUUAUCCAUCUCGGAAGAGCAGAGAAAAAGCUUGGCAGGUAACAAUGGCGGAAGUGAGCAACAAGCAGGUGAUUUUCAAAGACUACAUCUCUGGUUUUCCCACAGAUGCCGACAUGUACAUCACUACUUCCACGAUAAGCCUCAAGGUUCCAGAAGGUUCGAAGGCCGUGCUGGUGAAGAACCUCUACUUGUCUUGCGAUCCCUACAUGCGCCCCCGUAUGACCUACACUACGGACAGCUACGUCGACUCCUUCAAGCCUGGUUCGGUUAUUGAGGGGUAUGGAGUGGCAAAAGUUUUGGACUCCGGGCAUCCAAACUUCAGCAAAGGUGACUUGGUUUGGGGAUUUACCAACUGGGAAGAGUAUAGUCUCAUCACAUCAACCGAGAUGCUAAUUAAAAUUCCCACCACCGAUGUGCCCCUUUCAUACUAUACUGGAAUUCUUGGAAUGCCUGGUCUGACUGCUUAUGCUGGUUUUUAUGAGAUUUGCACUCCUAAGAAGGGAGAGUAUGUCUACGUUUCAGCAGCAUCAGGAGCAGUAGGUCAGCUCGUUGGGCAGUUUGCAAAGCUGUUAGGUUGCUAUGUUGUUGGAAGUGCUGGAUCGAAAGAGAAGGUAGAUCUGUUGAAGAACAAGUUUGGGUUUGAUGAAGCUUUCAACUAUAAAGAAGAGACGGAUUUGGUUGCAUGUCUGAAAAGGUACUUCCCUGAAGGCAUUGAUAUUUACUUUGACAAUGUUGGGGGGAAAAUGCUUGAUGCAGUGCUCCUCAACAUGAGAGUCCAUGGCCGCAUUGCUGCCUGCGGGAUGAUCUCACAGUACAAUCUUGACAAGCUCGAGGGUGUGUGCAACUUGAUUAAUAUCAUCAUCAAACAGGUUCGAAUGCAAGGGUUUGUCAUUACGAGCUACUAUCACCUCUACCCCAAGUACCUGGAGAUGGUUCUGCCUCACAUCAAGGAGGGGAAGAUUGUGUAUGUGGAAGACACAGUUGAAGGCCUCGAGAGUGCUCCACAGGCUCUCAUUGGCCUCUUCUCUGGGCGCAAUGUUGGGAAACAGGUGGUUGUUGUUGCUAGAGAAUGAUGAUUUACCUCAUUUUUACAUUUUUGUGUUCUAGGCUUGAUGGUAUAUUUAUCCAUAAUAAAGCUCCUGCUCUCCUCCUAAAAAGUAAUGAAUUACUUUACAAAAUGUUAUGAGCAAUCUGUUGAGAGUUUAGCAAGAUUGUAAUCGUCUAUUUGUUCAUCAAAAACAAAAAUUUGCUUAUAUAUUAAGUGUCCUUUUGUCA